AUGUCUUCUGCUCCCCACCCGCUGUGCCCGCUGACGGGCGAUGAGAUUCAGGCUAGCGCACGCUUGAUCGAGAGCGUCUGGCCGCUGUCAGUCUCGCUAUCUUUUAAGGUUAUAACGCUCAGCGAGCCAGCCAAGGAGAAGCUUGCACCGUAUUUGGAAGCGCUCGACAACGGAACUUCCCCUUCGCCGCUUGAGCGGUUGGCGUUUGUUGCGUAUUAUAUCCGUGGAACGGACAUUUUCCAUGAAGCCAUUGUCAACCUGACCACGGGGAGAAUUGAGAGCAAUGUGAAGCUUGGGCCCAACGUUCACGGGAAUGUUGACUAUGACGAGGCUCAGAGGGUUGAGAAGCUUGCCCUCGAGGAUCCGCAGGUCUUGGCUGAGCUUGAGAAGCUAAAGUUGCCAGAGGGGACAGUCGUAUGUGCUGAUCCAUGGAUCUAUGGGUCCGACGGAGUUGAGGAUGAUGUCCGUAUGUACCAGGUCUUCCUGUACAUGCGAGACCCCGCAAACUCUGGCGAAGCUGAUUCCAACCACUACGCAUUCCCCUUGCCCGUAUCGCCGGUCAUUGAAUGCGUCAACUACAAAGUAAUUCGAAUUGAUGUACUUCCAACUGGAGCCGACAACACCAUCAAGCCUCUGGCGCCGUAUCAGCCAAAGCCUGCCAAUGAGUACAUCCCAGAAGCGCAAGAGCUGCGAAAGGAUCUCAAGCCACUGCACGUCAGCCAACCAGAGGGGCCAAGCUUCAGUGUAACCCCGGUCGGUGAGACUGGAAACGUUAUUUCAUGGCAGAAGUGGACCUUCUUCGUCGGCUUCAAUCAGCGUGAAGGCAUGGUGUUGUACAACGUCAAGUAUGACAACCGUCCCUUGUUCUACAGACUAUCCCUGUCAGAUAUGAGCGUGCCCUACGGUGACCCACGACACCCGUUCCACAAGAAAUCAGCAUUUGACUUGGGUGAUGCCGGAGCUGGUGCUACAGCAAACAACCUCAAGCUGGGCUGUGAUUGCUUAGGCAGCAUUCAGUACCUCAGCGGUGUGAUCUGCGAUGAUCAAGGCAAGCCUUUGCCAAUGGAGAAUGUCAUCUGUAUUCAUGAGCAAGAUGCUGGUAUUGGAUGGAAGCACACGAACUACAGAACCGGAAGAGCCGCUGUUGUACGAGCACGUGAGCUUGUGCUGCAGUCCAUUAUCACAGUCUCAAACUAUGAGUAUAUCCUCAUGUUCCUUUUCAACCAAGCAGGAGAGGUCACAUAUGAAGUCCGCGCCACGGGUAUCCUGUCUACACAGCCGAUCGACCACGAACUAGACAAGACAGGAGUGCCAUUUGGAACUGUCGUGCACCCUGGUGUCCUGGCGGGCGUUCAUCAACAUAUCUUCUCCCUACGAGUCGAUCCUAUGAUUGACGGUCAUACGAACCAGCUGGUGUACAGCGAAGCCCACAGAAUACCUCGUGAUCCCCGCCUGAACCCUCAUGGUACCGGCUACGAAGUUGUCGAGAAGACCAUUGACAAGACAGCUGGCUUGGAUAUCGAUUAUGACCUUAGCAGGGUCUAUAAGAUCACCAACCCCAACUCCCUCAACCCUAUCAACGGCAAGCCCGUGGGUUAUAAGAUUAUGGCUCCGCCAUUCCAAAAGCUUAUGGGCGACGAAGACAGCUUUCUGCAUAAGCGCGCUGAGUUCGCAGACCAUAACAUUUAUGUCACCACCCAUCGCGACCGCGAAUUGUACGCGGGAGGAUGGUACACCAACCAGUCGCGUGGAGACGCAGGCGUGAGAACUUGGGCAAAAAGGAACGAAUCACUGACGCCAGAGUCUGAUAUUGUGCUUUGGGUGCAGUUCGGUAUCAACCAUAUCCCACGCAUCGAAGACUUCCCUGUCAUGCCGGUCGAGAUUCUAAAGGUGCACCUCAAGCCUGUCAACUUCUUCACCAAGAACCCCGCGCUGGAUGUGCCGCCUAGUGAGCAGAGCGUGAACCAGAGCACUCUUAUUGAGAGCAAGAAGGAAGUGGUUUCCGACAGUUGCGGAUGUGAUACAUCGAACGUUUCUUCAAAGCUGUAG